AUGGCUGUCACGUUUCGCGGCAAAUCCGCAGUAUGGAGGCUACUCCACGUCGUUGCGCCGCGGAAACCGCAUCUGGUCAAUGGGAUCGUCUGCCGUGUUGUUUCCGAGAAAAUCGCAACUGGCAACCCCCUCUUGCCGCUGCUGAAGGUCACGUGGAAUCCAUCGGGUUUCCAGCAGCCCUGCGACUGGCCUCCUGGAUCGUCUGCCAUACGCCACGGCGACGAUAUGGUGAAAUACGCCGCCGUAGCACUAUCCCACCUGUCUAAGAGCGGGUUUCUGACCGUCAGCGUGCACCUCCACCGGCUGCUGGACAUCCUCACGAGCUCAAGGGAUGGCCUGAACCGGUGUGACCCGCGCAUCCUUCUGGGGGUUCUGGAGGCCUGCGAUAGCAUAGUGCGUGCAUCUUACCAAGUUCUGAGGCGCCGUAGCGACACAGCCACCGUCGGAAUCGUAAAUGCAGUGACGGUAAACUCGCGCAAGUGCGCUCUCUACAUCUGUGAGCAUGUGGGUUCUACGUGCAAGGGCGAGAUGCUGGCGAGGUUCGCCUCGGUCAUGUAUAGUCUGUCGAUUCUUAGCGCCGAUUUCACAAAACACCUUCUGAGGGAGAUAAAUGAAAGUAGCAGCUUCUUUUCAUGCGAUUCACUGAUCGGUGCGUUACGCUACGUGACGAACGAUGCAGUAGGCGACCAAAGGGGACGCAUGGGCGCUGUAUACUCCCUUGUAGAUGCCCUGUGUGUUGCAGAGCUGUCGUGGCGACGCAAGUUGGAAGUCCUGGAUUGCUUGGUGGAGUUGGAUGUGACACAUAUGGGGUUCCUGGAUGUCAUAGUUUCGACCCUUCUAGAAUGCCAAGAGGAGGCUGAAAUGGGCAUAAUUGGGAUGGACACUAUACCCAGUCGCGAUAUCUGCCACAUAAUCGGAGCCCUCUUGCAUCUGGGCUCUGAGGACGUCGCCGUGGUAACUGAUAUGUUCGUCUCCCGAUACGUUUGUCGGCAGCGGCGCGGCCCUAAAAAGGAGGGAAUUGCCCGUGAUAUACAGAAAUGCAACAUGUCGGAAGUAUUGAAUUUGUUACGUUCAAUUGUGGCAACGUAUCCCCAAUUGGAAGGACCGGCCGGAUCGUGGGCAACUCAUAUAAUCCAGGACCGGGCCCCUUGGUUGCUGGCAAGAGCUUCCCUGCAUGAUCUGGAGGAGCUAUUUCACGUCCUCAGCGGUAUUGAGCCAUCUAUUUAUGCUCCCAUACUCGGCUCAUCUAGUUCGGCACCUUGGCUUUACGGCGUCGGGAGGGUCAAUGUCACCAGCUUGCUGAUUUCGAACGUCGGGCAUUUGGGCCCUAAAGCGCUUGCGAAGGCUAUUAUGUGUUACUCGCUCGCUGUGGACGCCACAUCACGCGGGGAAUCGCUGCAGGAAAUAUCUGCUUGCAUUCCCGCGAUGUGCUCCGCAGCGCUGGCCAUGCUUUCAAGGUCGUCGUUCAUUACGAAAACCAUGGCAGCGGAAAUCGAAUUAUCCGGCGCAAACGACCAGAAAAUGAUUGUGUGCUCCGUUAAAGCGCCGCCGGUCGCUUCAGGCAAUGUGGGCGCUAUCGCCGCCGAUAGCCAUAGUAGGGUCCUGUACGACCCCUCGGUGACUUCUAACUUCAAGUACCUGAAACGCGGCGAUAGCCGCGCAGACGGUCGAAACAAGGCUGCCAACAAGCUAUAUAGCAGUGGUGACACAGUUCGCAACGUAUCUAGGGAGGGUACCGCCCUUGCCAAUCAGGAUUGGCACAAUACGACCAUGGAAGGGCAUGGAAAUAAUGAGCUUCUGGAGAUCGAAGAAGACACGAAUGCGCCGUCUGCAAAUGGCAAAUCCAGCAACAGUGCCUCUGAGGUGCUGAAGGUUCUUAGGGAGGUACACCGAAGUCUGUGCAUCUAUCACCACUUUGGCUGCAGGGAGCUUGUCAACCCCUAUGGUGAUUUGUCUCUAAACGAGCUCCAGACGGUAAAACACUUUUUAAUGGCGCACAACCACCUCGUGCCAGUGCUGUCUGCAAGAUUCCACGCUCUCGAUGAUCAAUAUACCCUAUACGGCGUGGAUGAUGGGUCUUACAACCACCGGAUUCUGAAGGCGAUAGGGUCGACGGACAGCGCGUACCUGGACCCGCGGUUGAUGUGCACACCCGAUGCGCGCACGUUACGCGAACUUGAGGAGGAUCGUGGAAGGCGGCUGCGUCUCUCCGGUGCAAAGCUGAGGAACGCACGCAUCGACGUGGCACAUCCGCCUCGCAGCGGCAUAAAGCUGAAUUGGGACCACUUCGACAACGCUAAGGACUUAGGCCGCGCUGUACAUCCGCGGGAGCAUCGCAAUGCGGCAGUAGCCUUGCGGCAAGAAGCGGAGCGGGUGUCGCGUCUCGUGGACUAUCGCCUGCACGGCCGCCGUGACACCGUGGAGUACUACGAGGAUUCCGUAUCCAGGCGGUUUCGGGGAGGGUUCGCCUGCUGGCAGGACUCUAAUGGAUCCACCACCGCCACGUGCACUCCAGACGGCAUAAGCACGUCAAGGCUGCACAAGCAGGUGGAGCAGGCUGUCGCAACGGUAUCCCCUCAGCGCGUCAGGUCGGAAGCGGCCUGCGGUCCGUAUCACGUGGACCUAAAUCUUGUCCUUGAAGUCAGACAGCUGCUUCUCCACGGAGUACGAGAGCGUCUCUGCCUCGUUGCGCGCGUCGACCAGCUGCUUGCGCUGCUCGUCGGACUGCUUGAACGCCUCAGCGUCCUUCACCAUCCGCUCAACCUGCUCGUCGCUGAGCCCGCCGCUGCUCUGGAUCGUUAUCUCCUGCUUGCGACCAGUGGACUUGUCCACGGCGCUGAUGUUCAUGAUGCCGUUAGCGUCCACGUCGAAGGUGACCUCGAUCUGAGGCACGCCGCGGGGAGCCGGAGGGAUGCCCACAAGUUCGAAUUGGCCCAGCAUCUGGUUGUCCGCAGCCAUGCCACGCUCACCCUGGUAGACCUUGAUGCCCACCUGAGUCUGGUUGUCAGCCGCAGUGGAGAACACCUGGCUCUUCUUGGUGGGGAUGGUGGUGUUGCGGUUGAUGAGUCUGGUGAACACGCCGCCUAG